GGGGAGGACAGACAGUGGAGCGCGGGGAGGCACGGCAAAGAGACGCGCCGCGGAGGACACACACACCGCAGGAGGACGCUGCACUGAACCUUGGCCGUACACCCCCUAAUGGUCAAUAUGAGCUGCUACAUUCAAGUGUGCGAGGACGAGAACGACGAGCCCAUUGAGAUCCCCACUGAGGAUGACAACACCCUGCUUUUGUCAACCCUCGUGGCACAAUUUCCCGGUGCGUGUGGCUUGAAGUACCGCCAUGCCGAGAGUCGAUCUAUGAGAGGCGUGAGGCUGGUGGAUGGCAGGCUGCACGCUCCGGACGAAGGCUGGAACUAUGUAUUCUUCUGCGUCUUCCCGAAAGAAAACAAGCGCAAGAGCGAUGACCACCUUGAGAGUUCCAUGUCAAAAACCAAACGCAUGGAAAGCAAACAAAGGUGCUCUGAUCUCAUUGUGCUCGGGCUGCCAUGGAAGACUACCGAGAAGGAACUGCGCGAGUAUUUUGAGCCUUUUGGGGAAGUUCUCAUGGCUCAGGUUAAGAAGGACCCCAAGACCAACCAGAGUAAAGGGUUUGGUUUCAUUCGAUUUGGCAAUUACGAGACUCAGGUGCGCGUCCUCUCCCAGCGGCACAUGAUUGAUGGCCGGCUGUGUGAUGUGAAGAUUCCCAACUCGAAGGUAACCCACCCUUGUUAUAGCGCCUCACUGUACGACCAACAGCAACCUUUUGGAGCCAACGAGUUUCAAUGGCCGAUGGGUUUGGCGUCGCACGCUGAUUGGCCAGGCAUGGGGAAUCUUCCGCCGCGCGAAGGCCAAGUUCAGCAGGUGAACAGCAAGGUGUUCAUCGGCCGCUGCACCGAAGACAUCACCGCCGACGACCUGCGCGAGUACUUCAGCAAGUUUGGUGAGGUCACCGAUGUUUUCAUUCCUAAGCCAUUCAGGGCCUUUGCCUUUGUCACUUUCCUAGAUCCUGAAGUAGCUCAGAAUCUGUGUGGGGAGGACCACAUAGUGAAGGGCACGUCUGUCCAUGUGUCCAACGCCGCGCCCAAGAGUGACCCAAACCGCGGCCCUUUUGGGCGUGGCGGGCGCAUGGAUGGCCGUUAUGGGCAGUACGGCAGUUAUGGUGGGGGUAUGAACAAUGGGGGAAGCUGGAAUCAGGGGGGGAGUCGGGACAUGCCCAACCUGGCUGCUCUUGGCACGUCCCUGGGGCUGGGGUCGGGUCAGGGGGGGCAGGGCAGUGGGCAGAAUGUCAACCCUCUCAAUAUGGGGGCGCUGACUAUGCCCAUGCUGGCAGCUCUCAGUCAGGCCAGCUGGGGGCUUCUGGGGAACCUUCAGCAGCAGAACCAGGACGGGACUCAGGCUCCGGGGUACAGCCAGGGGGGGCAGCCGAGCCAGGGGGGUCCCCCGAGCAACCCUCCUCCAGUUAACCAGACUGGAGGUGGAGGAGGAGGUAGUCAUGGUAGCUGGGGCACUGGGGGCUCCAGUGGGGGGAGCUGGGGUGAUGGCAGUCAGGGGGGGUCUUGGGGGCCUUCUCAGGGGGGCCGUGACAAGUACAACAGGUAUGAUAUGUAAGAGAGAGAUGACAGAUGUACGGCAGACCUGGAUGGGUGAGGAGUGGAUGAUGACACCAGGCCAUGAACAAGUAGUAGUUGAAGAAUGAUGAUGGUGAUGUCAGAAUGUUUACAUCCAUUUUUGAGUGUGCUGAAUAUUAUAAUCUUAGCGGCCUGCAAAGGCAGAGGGGGUGGCUCAGGGGUGUUAUGUGUGUGUGGUCAUGUCAACACUCCCUCUUCCCUUGUCUCAAGCAUGCUCCAUAGACUUAGCAUAGUAUUCACUUUAACUAUAAUAAUAUUCACGCUUAGUGUGUAUCAUUUGGUGUGGUGGUCAUGUAUGGGUGGGUGUAGCCUCGAGUGUUGCAGCCGUAGCGGAACACAUGGUAUGAUUGUACGAGCGCUCCUCUCGCUGUGUGUAGCCUCCCGGGGCAGGCCCGAGUGUGGCUCCUGCCCCCAGGAAAGUGACCGGGCGUGUGUGACAGCUCCAUUGUACUGAGAGUGGUAUGGACGUGUGGAUGGCAGAGCUUGCCAAUGCCAGGGUUGUGCAAAAAGUUUGGUUAAGUGGGUGUGGAAGUCUCAGUCGCGUGAGAGAGAGCCUCCCCGCUCUUAGGGAAGCGUAACGGCGCCGCCCUUACGCUCCCCUGACGCGCGGGGAGGGCUGAGGCAACAAUCAGUACCAUGAGCCUGGCUCCAUACCGUUCUCAUGAAAUGCUGUUAUAAAUGUUACAGUUGACAGUUGAUUUUUUCCAACCUGCUUCAUGACACCAAUGUAAUCUAAGGUCACACUUUCUUGCUUUUUCCCCCCCAAAUAGUGUAGCUGUUCGCCCUAUGUGAACAGUGUGGAACCAGGAGUCUUGUAUAUAGUGUGUUUGUUUACUGCAAAAUGGUGAGAGGUUCGUGAUUCCCGGUACGACGUGCGUGCUCCCACGGCCGUCCCGCCUGGCCACAGGGGACGGCCGCGCGGAGGGACUGAGUGCACCUGGAAUUGCUUGCUGCUUCACUUAGUUAUUAUCAUGUUUCUCACUCUAAUCACAGACUCGAUAUUUGCCAGUGUGAGGUGUGACCGAGGAAGCCCUGAGUGUGUAGACUAGGAAGGCCAAGCUGUGAGUGUGUGUCAUGCUACAAAUUGAUAUAUUUUGGAAGUCGUGUAUGAGCAUUGGCCUCUAUUUUAAUACUUCGAGUGCAUCUGUUUAUGGUAACCAAAAAGUGCAUGAGUCUCAUUGGUCUAGUGUAGACUCUUGCCCCUUUAACACCCUGCUCAACAGAUCUUAUUGCUUAGCAUUCUGUCUCUGAGCACUACUGCACAAGUCUUUUUCCUUCAAUUCUUGUCUAGGAAAGUAUAAGAGGUGGAAGUGUAUUGCCGAUGAAUUUGAGUUGUGUAAAAAUUGUGUGAAAGGAAGAGAUUUCAGUCUUAAAAGCUUUGGGCAAAAAUGUGUUCAUGGCAAUAAACCUCUUGCUUUACAUUACAAAUACAUAUUCUGGGGAAGGGGCAAUUAUUACCUUGACCUCACCUGACCUCACCUCUCAGUGUUGCCGAGGUCACUGACCUGGGAAUCACAGUACAAAGUCUGUGUGUUGAGCAUGGUGGUCAGAAGCGGGCAGGCGGAGGCAGGAAGGCUUGUCAGUAUAUUGUUCUAUGCUGAAUCUUCUCAGAGUGGAAGACUUGCCCUUGUGGCUUGUCCAAUGUGGCAUUUAUGAUUUAUGAAGUAAGAUGCAGUGCUGGUAUUCUUCUUUAACAAUGGAAGUGUGUUUUGUUCCAUGUUUUCUUUGGUAUUAAUAAUUGUUCAUUGGAUUUGUAGUAGUAGUAGUGAGGCGACAGCGCCGCCAGCCUUCCUGCUCUCCUCUGACCCGCCGUUGAAAGGAGGUGUGACAGAGCCAUGUAAGAUUUAACAAGCAGGCCUUGUGUUAACCACAAGCUUUCUCAGUCAUAAAUGAAAGAAUUCUGAUUUUAGUUUUUUGGCAUGAGUGUAUUUCUGUACGGUUGAUAAGGAAUAGUCUCACAAAUUAUAAGACAUUGUUUUUUUCCUUCCAUUCAUUUCACCCAAGAUAUCAAUAACAUUUAUGUAGAUUUCACUCAUAUACGAGGUGUACAUGACUCCAUACAGGCCCUUUAUUAAAAGUGUGUGCUGUGAGUUUCUAAAUAUUAAAUUGUAGGAAGGUACAAAAGUGCGUGUCCUGCCAGUGGGUGGCCGAGUGGUGUGUGUGACGACAGGAGCUGGUCUGGUGGAUGCGUUGCACUAUACCUUUCCCUUGGCGUGAUCUGGAUGUUUCUCAGUAGUAGUUCAUUAAAAAAAAAAAGCCACACCAUUAAAUUUAGUACCAUCUUCCCUGGGACACCUUUGUCAGUCAGUGUGGAUGUCACCUUAGGCUUCGUUAUCAAAACUAAAGUUACUACAGGGAUAGCGCGCGCGUCACUUAGAACGAGAGAAGGCAAACAGCUCAGUGGUAGGUAGCGACGGUAGGGCCAAGGUAGAUAAGGGUUGGGGAGAGACACAUGACUGGUAUGUGCAUGUACUGGAAGAAAGAUGUGACUGAUACCCUGAGAUGUGCAGAUGGAGAAAGCUUGAGAUGUGCUGGUUGUGGUGGUGGUGGCGGGUACAUGAGUGGUGACAGCUGGUGUGCAUCGCGGUGGAUCCAGGGAUGUGCGUGAGGUGAACGACCGUGUCUCGCGAGCUGGAUGAUGUUUCGGAUGGUGGUGAUGGUGGUGGUGGUAGUGGAGAGUUGAUGGUAUAUGUGAGUCUACCGUUGUCCUUCUGGUGUGUGUGUGUGUGGCUGUACUACUAGCGUGCUCUGUCUUAAUAAAGGAUUCACAGCUAC